AUGACCGGUGUGGUUUUGGUCGAGCGGAGGCGUGCCGCUAUUGUCCAACUCUUGAAACCUGGUAAGUCGCCCAAGCAGUUAGAGCCGCACCGACCCACCGGCCCCACCCCCAUUGUCAGUGAGGUUGCUGAGAACAUGAUUCUGGCUGAAGAGGCUGCUUUGGGUAUGGAUGCCGCGCCUCCACCAGCAUGCGAUCCUCAGUGUACGCACCGCGGCGGUGCGGCUGCCCCGGGCGGCCCAGAAAGCAGGGCGCGACGGAAACGAACACUUCCCGGCACGCCUUUCAAAGAAUGGUGUUGA